CAUCUACUUUCUUGCUGACUGUACCUAUAGUCCAUUAUAUUCUAACUCUACAUAUUUCGUAGCGCCUACGAGCUACGAGAGGCGGUGUCACGCCUGUUGCCUCAGAUCUUCAUUAAAACUCUGACUUUCAAAGGAUAAAGAUAUCUUCAUAAUACUCUUCCCUAAGCAGAGCCUUAGGUACGGUCUAUACUUUUAAUAUAAGUGUAACUAAAAAGAAACUAUGAAGCUAAAGUGCAUUGUAACUAUAUUUUUUACGUUAAUUUAUUACCACUAUUCCUUUAAAAUAGACACCAAAUCGGAUCAGUUAGCGGGAAGUGAAUCGGUGCUAGAUCCUAAAGGAGAAAUCACAUUAAAAUGGAGGGUGGACUACAGUGCUCGUAAGAUCCGAUUUUGUCUGGAAUUCUCCAAGGAGGCGCCUUCUAUAAAUUGGUUCGCGCUUGGGUUCUCUGAUCGAGGCGACUUAGAGAACUCUGAUGUAUGUUUGGUUUGGAGUGACUAUACAGGGCAAGAUCAUUUUGAGGAUAUGCAUGCAGACGACAAUGGAAGACUUAUAAGAGACAUUCACCAAAACUGCGAAGGCUUUUACGUGGAUUUAAAGAGUAGGAGUGUUGUCUUCGAGCGAGAUUUUGAUACUUGCGACGAUGACGACUAUUUGAUUGAGGACGGCACAGUCCACGUCAUCUGGGCUCGCGGUAUCGACAAGCUGUUCUCUUCCAAAGGUCUAUGCAUAUCAUGCACCGCUCCCCACGAUCACGGCUUCAUCCGAGUUCGUUUGCUCACUCCGCCGUCUUCGCCGCAGCAACCGGGCCGAAAGUUGCGCAUUACCAACAAUAAGCUGAAAGUGCCUGGAGGUGAUACCACGUACUGGUGCAAGGUUGUAAAACUACCGGAUUAUGUCACUGAGAAAGAGCAUCAUAUUAUAAAGUUCGAGUCGACCAUAACCAAAGGUAACGAGGGUUUGGUGCAUCAUAUGGAGGUGUUCUACUGCGAUGCAGACCCUAACAAGGAGAUCCCGUUGUACGAAGGAAGCUGCUUCUCUGAUGCACGACCGGAAUCUACGAAAUUGUGCUCAAAAGUAAAGGCGGCAUGGGCUAUGGGCGCACCACCAUUUUCAUAUCCGCCUGAAGCCGGUUUGCCGCUGGGCGGGCCCGGGGCGAACAAAUACGUCAUGCUUGAAGUGCAUUACAACAACCCCGAGUUGCGCAAUGAUUGGGUAGACAGUUCUGGCAUAAUGGUGCACAUAACAGCCAACAAGCGUAAAUACGACGCGGCCAUCAUGGAGCUGGGGCUGGAGUACACGGACAAGAUGGCCAUCCCUGGCGGCCAGGCAGCCUUCCCGCUCACCGGCUACUGCAUCCCACAGUGCACCGGAGUGGGUCUUCCGGAAGAAGGUAUCAUAGUGUUCGGUAGCCAGCUGCACACGCACUUGACGGGCGCGGCGGUGUGGACGCGCCACGUGCGGCGCGGCGUGGAGCUGCCCAUGCUUAACAGGGAUGUGCACUACUCCACGCACUUCCAAGAGAUCAGGAUCUUGCAUCGCCCUGUCAAAGUCUUGCCGGGUGAUUAUUUAGAGACAACCUGCAUUUACAAUACCAAAGACAAAACAAACGCAACGAUUGGCGGACACGCGAUCACGGACGAGAUGUGCGUCAACUACAUGCACUACUACCCCGCUACUGAGCUAGAAGUGUGUAAGAGCGCCAUAUCUAACGCCGCUCUCGAGGAUUACUUCAAGUUUGAGAAACGUUGGGACAACAUAUCGAUAGACUUCGCUGCGCCGCCGCGAGCUAACUACCUGGCGAUCGCGCCGUGGACUCCGCUGCGAGCCAAAGCCUUGCACAUGCUCUACACUGAGUCGCCCAUCUCCAUGCAGUGCAACAAGUCUGAUGGAAACCGAUUUCAGGGCGAUUGGGAAGGGAUCAGUGUGCCGAAGAUAAAGCUUCCACUGCUUGAAAAACCACGAAUGUGUCCAGAUACUUAUACUCCUAUUAGAAAUUAAUAUUGCAUUCAAUAAUCUGCAGCCAUUCUGCAGCCAAUUCUGCGUCAUGAAGACAGUAGUUAUAAAACUCACUAUAAUGAUGUUAAAUAUUUAAGGUGUAUGGGAGGCUUGCAACUUGCAAGAUGAUAGAUAAAUAGAAGAUAGAGGAGCAAUAAUGCUACAGACCGUUCACUAUACCUUGUCCCUAGCCAUCAUGUUGGCACCAUUGCAGUUCACACAAUAAUAAACCCUAAGACUUAUAUUAUGUGAAAAACGUUUAAUUUUACUAGUGUGUUAUGAUUAUUGUGAUAAAAUAUAAUCUUUCCUAUUAGGAGAUUAAACUAAUAAAUACACUAGGUAAUUUAACUGUAAAUAAACGUAUUGAAUCUGUA